AUGGCCCCUGGCAAGUUCAUCACCCUGGUCUCCAGUGAUGGCUUCGAGUACGUCGUCCAGCGAGAUGCGACGAUGGUCAGCCCUUUCAUCAAGAGCAUGCUCGACCCCAAGAGUCAGUUCUCGGAGGCCAGGACUGGCCGCUGUGUCUUUGAAGAGAUCAGUGGCGUGGUCCUCGAGAAGGUGGUAGAGUACUUCCACUACUGGUACAAGAACCGCGAGAACGAGGAUGUGCCAGACAUGGAGAUUCCGACCGAGCUGUGCCUCGAGCUUCUCAUGGCUGCCGACUACCUUGGCCUGGACAUACGCAUGUUGGAACCCUCCAACUGA